AUGAGCCUUGAACCCAGUGCCUUUCCGAGGUCGAACUCCCCCGCAAGCUCCGAAAGCUCCUUGACGCGCUCCCGUUUACAAGGCAAGGAAGGGUCCCUCAAAAAAGACAAAACCUAUCGCCGAUAUGCGUCCAGCGUUGAACGAGCGCUUUCGCUCUUUGACAACGCUCUCCAGGAGUGGGCCGACUAUAUCUCGUUCCUCAGUCGCCUGUUAAAGGCACUUCAAACGCAUCCCCCAGACCAGCCCAUCGUUCCCCAUAAAGUGUUGGUGUCGAAGCGACUAGCCCAAUGCUUGAACCCAUCGCUGCCCUCGGGUGUACACCAGAAAGCCCUAGAAGUCUACACGUACAUAUUUGGAUUGAUAAAGCUUGAGGGACUGUCGCACGACCUACCUCUGUAUCUCCCUGGCCUUGCGCCAACAUUGACCUUCGCCUCCCUUACUGUUCGCCCAUUAUUCCUGUCCUUGGUAGAGGGUUAUAUCGUUGAUUUGGAACCGUGGGCCAUCCGACCUGCCUUGAAAGCAAUAAUUUUAGCCCUACUCCCGGGUCUCGAAGAGGAGACGAGUGAUGACUUUGAGCCGACGCUACGCACGAUUAACAAACUUCGAGAUGCUGCUGGGAAACUCGAGACACAAAGAACAUCCGAAGCAGGGGCUUCGGGGCAGUAUUUUUGGCAAUGCCUUUUCCUCGCAUCUAUCACCAACCCUAGUCGGCGCCUCGGCGUCCUCGCAUAUCUGAACCGCUACCUCCCGAAGUUGGGAAUCGCAGACCGUCGACCAAGCUCUGCUGGUGGGAAUGAUGUCAAUACAAUCCCAGCAGAGAUGUUGGCCGCAGCUGAUUCUGUUAUUCUUCCAGAGCCUGGCCUCUUAAUCCGCUGCGUUGCAUCCGGUUUACUUGACGACCAACUUCUUGUCCAACGAAACUUCCUCGAUCUUCUUGUUACCCACCUUCCCCUCAGUUCACCAAUCUUACAAACUAAGAUUGCAGCCAGUGAUCUCCGAACGUUAGUCAUUGCUGCAGUGGGAGUGGUUACUCGGCGAGAUAUGAGCUUGAACCGCCGGCUCUGGGCAUGGUUCCUGGGUCCAGAUUCUCCAAAUGAAAAUUCUCCAAUAGAUGAUCGAAAAUUCUCAUCUGAAACUACUCGGUCCGCGUCCAUCGACGGUAUGGAACUUACACAAUCACAAUACUUUAGCCGGGUAGGCCUACAACCGUUGGUCACGGGUCUCCUGGAUUUGAUCAAACAAGCACCGAGUAUCCCAUCCGAGAGAACCAAGCCUUUCCGGAUAGCUCUCUCGCUCAUGGAUCGCUGGGAAAUUGGUGGAUAUAUUGUCCCUGCUGUUUUCUUGCCCACUGUACGCAGUGUCCAGGCCUUUGAAGCCGAAGGCCCCAGGAAACACUUUGAAGAGGUAUUUCGCAGUGCGAGCGCCUUCUUCGACGGUGUUGAAAGUGGUGUGAUAUUCUCUGAGCUUUUGGGGCUAGUUGACUAUCGGGCUUCUGAUAUAGACGGUGAUAACGCUCAAGUGUUGCGUGACUUGGAUCUUGCUCAGUUUAUCAUCGAAAAUUUCAAUGUGCGCGAAGAGGACAUGGUUCAGAUCCAUGUGCCUUUGCUGACUCUGUCAGUGCUCGUGAAGAUACGAGAGAUAUCAUCCGGGAAGAGCUCUGCCAACAAGCAGGCCGUGUCAGCUGCAUUGAAUAAAGUUUUGAAAUCGUUGACUGAUUUGCUCACAGAGCGGGCGUUCUCCAGAAAAUUGGGCUCGGAAAAGAAUUCUGGCAAUGACUCAAAGAGCCGAGGUACUAAUAAUGUCUUGAAGACAGUUCACAGCUUCUAUGAACAAAGCAAAACUAGUCUAGAUCUUCCACCUCUUCCCUAUUCUCCCAAAAUCCUUGGCGAGAUGAUUAUUCGCGAGGCCCACGAACUUGCUAUCGCGGCGCUAGGAAGCGGAGAUGGCAACUUAUCUGUUCAUGAACCGCUGGAUAUUCUCGUUACCUUGCUCAAAAAGCUUCCCAAGUCCCGCGUUCUGCGGGACCGAAAACUAUACGAAGCCCUUUCUCAGCGAUUGGAUCUAGGGAAGGAGCAGCCAACGACAGCGUCUUUUUCAGUCAUCUCAACGAUUGCUUCGACAGUAACGAGUCUCUUUUUCAUCCAAAGUCCCGGUUUUUAUAUCAGCUAUGAGGAUGCUUGCGAUUUGAUCACCCCCCUUGUUAACCAGCUUUGGUUGUACCUAUCACCACUCAGUCCGAAAUUUCACGUGGAAGCGGUCCGCUGCUUAUGGCUUCUACAUUCAAUCUCUUGGAUUGACCACCUAGUUGAAGCAGCCUUGACAGCCUUGAUGGUCAAUGUGUCAACUGCAGGCUCUCGCCAUCUCUCAUCUGAGCAACAAGCUGAGCGAUUCUACGUCUUGUGGAAUCAUAGUCACCACAAUACACAUGAGCAACCGCCAAAGCAAGUGCUUGAUGUUGGAGGAACCUUAUUCUCUUAUCAGUGCUCCAUGCUUGAACGCCCGCUUUUCAUUGUCCUUGAUCUUCUCUGUCAGGAGUCAAGUGAUAGUUCGCAGAGCGUGCAACUAUGGCUCCAGGACUUGCCAUCGAUUCAUAAGGUUUUCCAUGUGGUUAUCUCGAAACUCGAUGAACUUUCCGAGCAUGAUGAUACUGGCAAUAAAAAUACAACUAACCAGUCCAUCUCCCCCGAUGACUACAAGGAAUGUGAUUAUUUGCUACAGACAGCUUCAAAUAUCAUAUCUGCGCUUGCGCAAAAUGGAUGGAUUACACUUCUCAAUCAUGUGCUGGGCAAUGAAAAGCGCCCAGAAAUAUCCAAAUCCGAAGACAAUGCAGGCUCGAAAAGUCUUCAUUCCGCCAUAUUUGAGGCUGCUCUUCGUGUUGUGAGUACACAAAGUCUAGUUCCCACGGAAGUCAGCCCAGAAGGGGAAAGAAUGCAAAAGGAUGCCCUUCAACUCAUGCGGCAACUUCUUCUUGGGCCAGCAGCAGAGGACUUAGUGGAGUCUGGCAUUGAUGACUUCUUGGUGGAACGCUUGCUUAUCUCAUCCGAAGGCGGCAGCAUUGCGGUGCAAGGUGCAUUGAUAGACGCACUACUUGCUGCGUUGAAGGUCCGAUUUGCGCAGGUAUAUCUACCCCCACCGCCUGCUCGGCCAAAAGAUUUACGAACCGCGUCUCGCGAUCGGUUGACCAGUCCUUCAAUCCUGUCUUUCACCAGUGACAAGGGAGACAGAAGACCCUCGAUAGCUCAGCUACCACAACCGCCAGAGCGGCUUCUGGACUGUCUCCUCAAGGGAAUCAGCUCACCUAAAUCCCGCGAGAUCGUAGACAAAUGGAUUGUGCUACUCUGCGAAGUACUUCCUCUGUACUCGGGGUCUAUCUUCCAGAUCCUAUUGAUGCUAGUGGAAUGUUUCUGCAGGGAAAUCCGAGCAUCAUAUGGCAGACUUCAGCUAUCCUUCCAGCAAACAGAGGAUUGGCCGCAGGACCGUUCCGAGCAUGUCACGAUUGCUCUCCUGACUGGUCUUGAGACCUGUAUCGCAAAUGCCCAUGAACGUCUUCUUGUGCAAGAGUCCAACGUUCCAGCAGUUAAGAGUCCUGAUCAAACACAGGGCUUUUUCGGGAACAUGGUCUCUGGGGUAUUCCACUCGGAAGGUGCCCAAGGUCGUCCCAACACCGCCAACGAUCGGUUGACCGUUCUUCUCUGUUUCCAAGACGCCGUUCGACUUUGCUUCUCUAUCUGGGCAUGGGGAGCAGGAGAUCACAGUGGAUCUCCUCCUGAUUCUGAAUCCUUGGCCUCGUUCCAAUACACCUCGUUGCGAAUGAGAAACCGAUCACGCCGAAUUCUAGAGCAUUUCUUCACUGCAGAGGCACUAGAGUGUCUUGAGACCUUGGUGGAAAUGUGGACUAAGUCUGACACGGAGACAGCAUCGCUUAUUUUCAAUCUUCUCCAUACACUGGAUGGUUCAAGCCCAAAAAUCACCAUUCCAGCGAUCUUCAACGCGAUUUACACUCGCACCAAUCCUACAGCCUUGGAUCCUAGCCGGAAAUCCUCGUUGACUUCCAGCGUCUCCGAGGCUGAACUUGCUAGCUUUUUGGUCACCUAUGCCCGAUCACUGGACGAUGAUGUCCUUGACGAGAUUUGGACGGACUGCACAACCUUCCUACGCGAUGUUCUUAGCAAUCCAUUCCCACACCGGCAAAUUCUUCCACGUUUGAUUGAGUUUGCAGCUAUCUUGGGAGUAAAGUUGGAGAAAACAACCUUCGGUGAAGACCGUCGCAUGAGAAAGGAACUUGGGGAUGUCCUCCUCCGUCUCCUGACAGCCGUCUUUACAAGCAAGCCCUUGGGCCUCAAUCAGGACACUGGGCUCAUGGCAAGAUCUUCCGUGGAUUAUGAUCAUACCUCAGUCUCUCAUACCGGACCCGAUGACAUGCUGAGCAUUCUAGCGGUCUCCAUGCCGUCGUUCAUCACAACCUUAGGUGAUUCAGACCGAAUCAACACUGCCAUUACCGGUGUCUCGACCAACGUGGUUGGCCCUCUCAUUCGGUCUCGCCUAUUCCCUAACAAUCUCAAUCGCAAUGUUAUGGUUCUUCUACAGCAAAUGGCGAAGGUACCGGCUGCGGCAAAAAUGUGGAAGAAGGACGUAUCCGAUGCGUUCAACGAUGCCCGGUUCUUUGGAUUACAGUUGGAUUUGGUGAAGAGCAGCUGGAUGGACCUAUUGCGCCAGUGGAUUCUUGCCGAUAAGGAACGGCUAUCCGAACUUCUCGUCCGCCUGCCACCACCAAGCUCGGCGGGUAUUAUGUUCGGCGUAGGAGCCUCCGCAGCUCGCUUGGAAGCCGAUCGUAAAGCACAACUUAACCUCCGACGGAUCGCGCUACUCCUCCUUUCUGCCAGCGAUGACUACUUUGUUGGUGAGCUACCGGCAUUGCUUCAAAAAUUGGAAGAUCUGCUCGCGGCAACUAGCUCCUCGUCGCCAUCUUCUGCUACGCGAGCGGAAGUGUUUAUGGUUCUUCGCGCCGUUGCACUGAAGACUUCUGCUUCCGCCAUGGCGCCAUUCUGGCCUCUGAUUAACACAGAGCUGCAAGAAGCCAUCUCUGCAGUUCCACGAGGCUCUCAAUCCGAACUCUACACCCCUUACUCGCUUCUCCAAGCAUGCAAGCUGCUCGAUAUACUGCUUGUCCUCGCCCCCGACGAUUUCCAGCUCCUAGAGUGGCUCUUCGUAACUGAUACCAUCGAUGCGGUCUAUCCACCAGACCGCUGGGAACCUAUUGCUCUGGCAGACGAGAUCUCUCAAACAUUCGGUCCAUGCGGUGCAGUCUCACCCACUAUUGCUGCUGAGACCAACGAGCCCCAGGCUCGCGGCGGUCUCAAGCGACCAUGGCUCAUCUCGGACUGGAUCCGAGAGACGGCCAAGGACGAGGUAGUCGAGCGGGUCCUGCGCCCAUUCUUCGAUCGACUGAGUAUCUACGUUUUUGAGAGUACUUACGGCAUGGGCAGUGUAGACAUACCAGUGUGCCGGGAUGACUUGUUGGCAGAUCUCUUCAACGAGAGCACAAUGGCUAAUUGA